AAGGGCUGAAGUUGUCUUGGGAAGAAUCAUAAAGAAGAAAGGAUGGAGGCGUUCCAGUUUAGUCAUCACCACCAAAAUCUUCUGGGGUGGAAAAGCAGAAAUGGAAAGAGGGUUGUCUAGAAAACAUAUAAUUGAAGGUCUAAGAGCAUCACUAGAGAGGCUUCAGCUGGAGUACAUAGACGUGGUUUUUGCAAAUCGACCAGAUCCUAAUACACCUAUAGAAGAGACGGUGAGGGCAAUGACCCAUGUGAUCAACCAGGGGAUGGCCAUGUAUUGGGGGACAUCAAGAUGGACCUCCAUGGAGAUAAUGGAAGCAUACUCAGUGGCAAGACAGUUCAACCAGAUCCCACCCAUCUGCGAACAGGCAGAGUACCACAUGUUCCAGAGGGAGAAAGUUGAAGUGCAACUCCCUGAUCUCUUCCACAAGAUAGGCAUUGGAGCAAUGACAUGGUCUCCACUGGCCUGUGGAAUCAUCUCAGGGAAGUAUAACAGUGGGAUCCCCCCUUAUUCACGUGCCUCACUUAAGGGCUAUCAGUGGAUGAAGGACAAGAUCCUGAGUGAGGAGGGGCACCGUCAGCAGCUGAAGCUAAAAGAGUUGCAGGCAGUUGCUGAGCGACUAGGCUGCACUCUGCCCCAGCUGGCUAUCGCCUGGUGCUUGAGGAACGAAGGUGUGAACUCUGUCCUCCUGGGAGCUUCCAGAACCGAGCAGCUGAUGGAGAAUAUCAGAGCAAUACAGGUUCUUCCGAAGUUAUCACUUUCCAUUGCAUCUGAGGUGGAUACCAUCUUGGGAAACAAGCCCUAUAGUAAAAAGGACUUCAGAUCCUAGGUGCAACAGUAAUGAACUCUCAAACUAUACUCUGUUUCUGAAAAAGCUGCCUGAAUGAGAGACAGCAACACACAAGGACAAUAUAUAACCAUAUUAGAGUCCAACAAACAGCAAAUAAUCUGGGAUCUGUUUCCGAAAGACAAAACAAACAAAGAAAACGUGCAAUUACUCAUUUUAUCAGUCUACUUUUUUGAUCACAUUUGCACUUAUUGCCACUUACAUAAUGUGAAGUUAUCAUGUUCUAGUAGUUGGAACUAUAACUAGUCCCUACUGCUCUAAUGAGAUGAGCCAUCGAAGAACUAAAGAAACAAGCUUGUUGAGUAAGGUGCAGCUUGGUGUACCUGACCAGUAUUCUUUACUGUCUUCACUGUCUUUGUAAGUAACUUACAAAAUGUUUUUGUUGCAUUUGUGUGCAUUUAAACACAUAUUGCACAAGACCUGUAAACGUACAGAGCACAAAACAUUAUGCUGUGAUGCAUUUGCCUUUUCAGUGUAAUAACAGGAAUGCUUAACACUAUAAAUACUGGCAACAUUGGAGAACUAGCAAGAGACUUCUAGAUUUCAACACUGAAAUCUCUUCAGGCCUCCGCCCAAAGCCAGUCCCCCAAAACACAUUUUCACCCGCAUCCCUUGGUCACUACCUCUGCGGCCUAAACGGACAUCCCCAAUUCAAAUGAAUGGGAGGACCAAAACGCCUGCUUUUGUGUGAAUACAACCUGAAGGCACUGUACCAUGAACUGCAAUGCCACUGGUUGGAAAGUCAAGACAGAGAACUUUGUUGCAUGUCAUUCCCCAUCUCUCUCUCCCCUCAUUUCCUGUCAUGUCUCCACUGUCGAGUAAAGGUUCAAAAUACUU